AUGUCGCACCAGAAGCCAAAUCACCAAGAGGAUAGGCUUCACUCUUCAUACCUCGCUACGGUGGCUAUAGCCCUCCUUUUUUCCCUCGUCGCUUCUGCCUCAGCGCAAAUCCCAUGGCAGAUUGAUCCUGCGCGAUGCCAAUUAUUGUGCACACCAGACCAAUGCCAAUGCGUCGGAAUUCGCGGUCCCAGAGGACCACCGGGCGAAGUAGGACCGGUGGGAGCUUGGGGACCUCCUGGUGAUGUGGGUAUGCCCGGAGUGCCUGGCGAACGUGGUGAUCGUGGCUACCCUGGUGCUCCUGGGCUUCAGGGUCGAAAAGGAGAACCGGGUGUUCAAGGUCCACCUGGAUAUGCCGGCAUUCAUGGUUUGCAGGGUCACCCUGGAAGAAGGGGGAUUAAAGGUGCACGGGGUGCCACUGGAUGUGAAGGCCCUCGGGGUCCAGAUGGAAGUCCUGGAAUAGCUGGACCCUCAGGUAUUCAGGGACCCCCUGGCGAACGCGGUCCCCGUGGUCCGAAAGGAAACCCUGGAUACAUGAACGCUGGACCUCCCGGUCCACCGGGUCAGUCGGGCGAUGUUGGCUACAUGGGUCCACCUGGUUUUCGAGGCCCUCCAGGUUACGAUGGGCCCAUCGGAGAGCGCGGACCUAUGGGUCCAAAGGGUUACAAAGGCGCGAUUGGACCACGCGGUCCACCCGGCAGAGACGCACCGACAAUUACGAUUGAAGGACAAAAGGGUGAUCAAGGCUUUCGUGGGGUGCCCGGGCGUGAUGGACGACCUUGUGAAGUUCUAGAACUCCUCUCUGGACCGCGUGGCCGGUCUGGAUAUCCAGGACCACGCGGGCCGAAGGGAGAUCGUGGAGAGAGGGGCACGGAGGGAUUUCAGGGACCAGACGGAUAUCCGGGUCUUCUGGGAGAGAAGGGUCUUCCCGGCCGUGAGGGUGAUCGAGGUCAAGUUGGUGAUAUUGGCGAUCCGGGCCGCGUCGGUGAGCCCGGCGAUCGUGGUUUUGACGGUGAUAUGGGAAGAAUGGGUCCAGCUGGAGCUCCCGGUGAACGCGGACCUCCUGGAGUUGACGGUCUUCCUGGUUUUAGAGGUCCUAAGGGUCGUCCAGGGAGCCUUCGGGACUGUGUUGGUCCUCGAGGUCGAAAGGGCGAACGCGGACCUCCUGGCGCGAAAGGUUUCCUUGGCUACAGAGGUCGCCAAGGUCCCACAGGCUACAAGGGUCCCAAGGGUGACCCAGGUCCCCGUGGUAGGCCCGGACCUCCUGGUCGUAUGUGCGAGACGGGUGAGAUGGGACUGGUAGGCGAAAAGGGUGAAACUGGUUUGCCAGGAAGACGCGGAGAGGACGGUGAUCCCGGUUACAUGGGUCCUCAGGGUCCCCGAGGUCCGGACGGUCUGACCCCAAUGUACGGACCUGUUGGAGAACCGGGAAUACCCGGUUCACCCGGUCGUGUAGGCCCCAAGGGAGACCCUGGUCUUCCUGGCGAUCGCGGUGAUAAGGGCUACCGCGGUACCCCCACCGUCGGCCUUCCCGGACCCCGCGGUCCUUCUGGCGAUAUGGGCGAACCCGGACGCACCGGUGCACCCGGUCUAAUGGGCCCGGCCGGCGAAAAAGGCCCUAGAGCUCCACCCUGCGAUGCCUGCCCCUCAGGCGAGCCGGGUGGAAGAGGUGAGACAGGAGAGGACGGAGAACCUGGACAGCCCGGCCAGCCGGGUCAAAGAGGCCAGGACGGCGACCGUGGCAUCCCUGGGGCUCGCGGACUGCCCGGUCUGCCUGGUCUUGACGGUUUUCGAGGUCCACAAGGAGUUGCGGGAAUUCCCGGUCUCAAGGGUGAGCCGGGUGAAACUGGUUUUGUGACACUUGUCAAUCGUCAGGUCAUCCCCGGCGACCAAGGCGAUCCUGGAAGAGACGGAUUGCCCGGUGCUAUGGGAGACCGCGGUGCAAUGGGUCCUCCUGGUUUGCCUGGUUUUCCUGGUCCUCGAGGUCCUAAGGGUCGACCGGGUAUUGAUGGUAUGGUCGGCUAUCCCGGUCUUCCUGGUGAUAAGGGAGAACCGGGAGAACCCGGAGAAGAUGGUUAUGGUGUCAAGGGCGCCCAAGGCGAACCUGGUGACAUGGGCAUUACUGGACCGCCGGGCCGUAAAGGCUCUCGUGGUGGGGUUUUCGAUUGCCCUUUUGUUGGUCCAGUCUACAAAAAAGGUGAGCCCGGAUACCGUGGGCCCAAGGGUGAUACAGGUUCAGCCGGACCUCAUGGACAAACCGGUCCUCAGGGCACAAAGGGCAUCCAGGGAUUGGCUGGCCAGCGUGGAUCCCGCGGUGAUCGUGGACCUCGAGGCCCCUCUGGCCUGCCAGGUGACAUGGGUAUGCCCGGCUCGAGGGGACAGGACGGACGAGAGGGCCCACCUGGACCAAUGGGCGUUCCUGGUCAACCUGGAAUCGCCGGAGAUCCCGGCUACCCCGGAAUAGUUGGAGAGAAGGGCGAACGUGGUGAACCAGGAGACCCAGGUAGCAGAGUUGGCGGUUCUCCCGGUGAAAAGGGUAGACCGGGCCUUCCAGGCUUUCCAGGUGACCGUGGUCCUCCAGGACGCGCAGGACCCAUGGGUGUUCGAGGCCGGCCUGGUCCUCCCGGAGUCAGUGGGAUACCAGGAGCUCCUGGUAGAAUGGGUCCACCUGGCGAAAAGGGUCCACAAGGUCUUCCAAGCACAAGAUUGCCUCCAGGCCUCCCUGGUCUUCCGGGUGUUCAGGGGCCUCGUGGCUCCGUUGGAUCAAAAGGUCAACGCGGACCCUUUGGGAGGUGCUAUGGACGAGGGCCUACUGGGGAUAUGGGUUCUCCUGGUGAUCGCGGAUAUUCUGGAAUGCAAGGACUCCGAGGUCCAGAAGGUCCAGUUGGAUUUUCAGGCUUCCAGGGCCUCAGUGGGAGACCGGGAGAAAAAGGCGAACGCGGUGCGAGGGGACCGACAGGUGAACCCGGUAGACCUGGACCAACGGGUCCAGCUGGCCGACGUGGAUAUGCUGGACGCUCUGGUAGAUCUGGCGAAAUUGGACUACCCGGUUUUUACGGACAAAAGGGUUAUAUGGGCCUGCCAGGUAUGUCAGGACCAAAAGGCCGACGUGGACGUCCAGGAAUCUCUCGGGAUGGGCGUCCAGGUGUGACUGGACGUCCCGGUUUGGAAGGUCCAAAAGGUGAAAAAGGUAUUCGUGGAGUUGAUGGCAAAGAUGGCAAGCCUGGCGAACCAGGUCGUCCUGGGGUUGGAAGCCCUGGACUUCCUGGAGCAAAGGGUUACAGAGGACCUGUCGGUGAUCCAGGUCCCCCUGGCAUGGACCCAAUUCCUGGACCUGUGGGAGAUGUCGGCUUCAUGGGCAGAAUGGGACCUAAGGGACCGCGUGGACUUCCUGGACCUGUAGGCUUCACGGGGCGUGAGGGUCUUCCAGGCAAAAAGGGAGAUCGCGGUGAGCCCGGAGACGAUGGAUUACCAGGCAUCGCAGGCGAUCGAGGUGAUGAAGGAUAUCCAGGCCCGCCACCAAGCUUUAUGAAGGGUCGUAAAGGGUAUGGCGGUCGUCCUGGACCUAAAGGAUUUACAGGACCUGCGGGUCUGCACGGCGGAAUCGGCCCUAGAGGAAGGCCCGGAAUUGCGGGACCAAGUGGACGACCUGGUUUACGCGGGCUGGAGGGUUAUCCAGGAUUGCCAGGGGACACUGGUACACCUGGCUAUCCUGGACGUCAAGGCAUGAAUGGAUCUAUGGGUCAGCCAGGAGACGUAGGCCCUCCGGGAUUCCAAGGGCUUGUUGGGCAUCAAGGACCGCCUGGGUUAAAGGGCGCCAAGGGCAGACCCGGUUUCUGUCCAAUACCGCCUCCUGGACCGAAAGGAGAACCUGGACCUCCUGGAAGGAUAGGGCCUGACGGACCUCAAGGAGACAAAGGUAUUGCGGGCCUUCCCGGUCUCAAAGGUACUCCCGGUCAGCCGCGAAUGGGUCCAGAGGGUCGUAAAGGCGAAAGAGGCUUUGAUGGUCAACCUGGAAAUGCGGGGUUACCUGGAGACCAGGGUGAUCGUGGCACACCUGGAUACCGCGCCAACCGCGGAGAACCUGGGGAUAUGGGUCCACCUGGACUGCCCGGAGAAAGGGGCCCUAUUGGACUACCUGGUAAGAACGGUCCACCCGGCUAUCGUGGGGCUCCCGGCAAGGAUGGUGUAAAAGGCAAACCUGGACUGCCUGGCAUUUCUGGGCGUCCAGGACCCGAUGGACCCGUUGGCGACCCGGGUGAGCCCGGACCUCGCGGUUUCGAGGGGUCAAGAGGUCCUAUUGGACGCCCAGGUUAUCCCGGACCUAAGGGACCAAAAGGCAAGUCCGGCUACGGUUUUGUCGGCAGGUCUGGAGAUUUCGGCGAACCUGGACCCCAAGGUGAACGCGGCUACUCUGGAUUCCAAGGCACACCGGGCAGAACGGGACCUCCAGGCGAAAAGGGAUACAAGGGCUCUGCUGGUUACAUUCCCGGUCCUCGGGGUCCCACAGGAGAACGCGGUCCACCCGGCGAUAUGGGUUAUCAGGGCAUAAAAGGUCAGCGCGGUCCACAAGGGUACCGCGGUCCCGACGGUCCUAACGGUACCUUGGGUCUUGGUGAUGGCGGAUACCUCUUCGCUGUUCAUUCGCAGAAGGAUACUCCACCCAGCUGCCCGGAAUUUACUCACGAACUCUACACGGGCUACAGUCUGGUGACACUUCAAGGCGACGAUGAUUCAAUCAGCAUGGAUCUGGGCAGUCCAAGCUCUUGUACUCGCGUCUUUUCAAUCAUGCCAUUCGCCUCGUGUUUCAGCUCUCCCCCCUCUGGUGCAUGUCAUUUCAACAUGCGGAAUGGAAGGUCCUUCUGGCUCUCCACACUGGAGCACUAUAUGACGGAGCCUUUGCCCGUGGAACGCAUCCAGCGAUACAUCUCCCGUUGUGUGGUGUGCGAGUCCAGAACGAAUCUCGUUGCCUUUCACUCUCAACGACCUUAUCUGGAGGAGAGCUGUCCACCUGGAUGGGAACACGCCUGGAACGGGUUCAGCAUGCCCAUGGUCGUCAGCGCAGCGGUGUCAGGUGGAGUUCAACCACUUCACUCGCCGGGCAGUUGCCUCAUGAACUUCCGUGCUCUCCCCUUCAUCGAAUGCAACAAUCACCAUGGCAAUUGUUUCCACUGGCAAGACGGACGUUCCUAUUGGCUGCGAGCGAUGACCUUCAACGAGCAGUUUACAAAGCCUGCAGGAGCCACUUACAAGACGGACUUGCUCAGACAAGUUAGUCGGUGCUCCGUCUGCCGAAAAUCGAUGGAGAUGUUGGACUCUUUCAUGAUCUCUUCUCCUCGCACACCUCCUUACACCCUCCCCGCUCCCUCCCUCUCCACCUUCAGGAGAAACCUCCUCUUUAGUGCCUAA